CUGGCGUAGGAGGGCUUUGUGGGUUGUUUUUGAUUCGGAGGUAGCACAUGGAGGCAACGGGGGAUCUCAUUUGAAGCAACUUCAGGACGACCCUUUUACCAAGAACGCAUUGUCCUCCAAAUGAUGUCAGCUACAGGUCAGACCAGCGGGAGCCGGGAUAUACCGGCAGUGAGGCGCGUCGCCGUCCUGGAGGCUGCCCACAUGCCCCACGAGUACUCCACGACCCCCGGGGGGACCGUGUUCAGCACCACGCCCGGAGGAACUCGAAUCAUCUACGACAGGAAGUUCCUACUUCAGUGUCGCACCUCUCCCCUGGCUUGCACGCCCCCAAAGCUCCCAGACAUCCCGGGAGUCACUAGGCCCCACAAACGGGAAUCCUCUGAGAUCUGGGAACCGGGAAUGAGUGAGAGCAGUCACACUGAGCACAGCCAGCAUUCAGAGGGUGCAGGAGAAGAUGCCCAGUUUGACAUGGACAUUUGAAGAGGAUCAGAACAAUUCUUAGCAUCUUCACCAUAGUUGCGUUGUGAGUGUAGACAAUUUUUUUUAAAGUUUAAUUAAAACAUGGCGAGUGUGAAAUCUUAAAUUAGGUUCCUUCAAGAAAAUUAGAUUUUACUAGAAUCAUUCAGGCCUUAUUGGAAAUGUUGUGGCGUAUUGGGUGCUGCCAUAAUCCAUUUUAAUUUAGCUUAAUAUUAAUUAUAAUAUAUACUGUAAUAUUGUGAUUCAGCAGCGGUUUUUACAAUGUUCAAGUGGAAUAUUGCUAUAUAUCUAUAUCUAUAUAGCUACACACACAUAUAUAUAUAUAUAUAUAUAUAUAUAUACAUACACACACACACACACUUAUUUUGAUAAAAGCAGGUCAAACCCGCAUCAAGACACUUGGGCACUGUUUUAAAUUAUGGGGGGAAAAAAUCAUUCGCCUCAUCGAAGUUAAAUGUGCAAAUAACUAAUUUAAACUAAUUUAAAAGGCUUGAAUUGUGUUUUACUGCAUUCUCAUCAGUGCGUCGUGGUUACCUCUGCACUGGUGAUGACGCCAUUUUAAUUCUCGGGAGUAGAAAGAAUCCUCCGGUAAAUAAUGACUCAUGCGCAAUUGGUUGAAAAUAAGGCAUAAUUUAAUGUUUUUCUGUACAAGGUAAACAUACAAAUGGGGCCAUGUAGCCCAAACGUCUCCAUAACUCGAAAGCGCUCACAUUUACACGUCAAUUAGAGUAUCUUUGAAAAGGCUAAGAUAUCUCUUUGGUUUAUUAUGUUUUGAACUUCAGUGCUCCACUCGGUGACCCAGCUGAGCUUUUUGCUGAGCGAUAUUUGGAACUGGCACAAUCUAAGUCACGUAAAUCGAUCACGUCAUUUUCCCCACUGCCAUUUUCAGUCAAUAGUCUGUGAUUCUUGGCGCCGCUCAGUGGCAGCCGCACUCCUCCACCACCAUGUCCCGGUGGUGCCUCAUGACCAUCUUGCCGUUCUCGUAGUACAGCAUGGACAGCGGCGCCAAACGGGUGGGCGCGCAAGACAAACACGGCACCUUGGGUGUGCGGUGCAGCCUGAGCAGACUCUGUGGAGGGAAGGAGAAGAGAAGCGUUCCGUUAGAGCAGUGAUGUUGAAACGGCCGCCUGGGGAAAAGUGAGUCUUACCUGCACGUAGGCGUGGUUAGUGGGCUUGAAGGUCUCAUCGACAGGUGCGGGACAGGCGCCCUCACAGCGGAAAGCGUUGUAGCGUUUGGGGUAAACCAUCCACUGGCUCCAGCCCAACUUCUCAAAGUCUACCCACAUGUCCACCUUCCUGCACAGAGGAUCGUCUUUGUUCCCAGCGCCAGCAGGUGUCGCCACCGACAUCCUUCCUCUCCCCCGCCGCUGGGAGAAUCUUUUGUUCCUACCGCCCUUAGCCCUGGGGCCGGCUUCCCUGUCCGGGCUCGCGUACUUGGACUGAACGGCCGUGUGGAUGAGAGAGGGCAUCUGCUGGACGUCAGGGUUCUGCCUUGCAAAAAUCACCAUCAUAACCCGGUUCGUCGGACUGUGCCGAAUUGCCUCCAAAUCCUCCUUAGCGUCCUGCGGCUGACGUGUGGACGGUCCCUGCUCUUGCCAGCGAUGGAGCAUGCGGGUCACGGAGAACACCUUCCAAGAGGACGAUCUCAUGGUGCUGGGAUGGGCCCUCACGCUGCCCAGAAAGAGUUUGCCGCAAGAGCAGCUGUGAUCAGAGCACGAGCGGUAGACAUCUACCGAGGCUCUGGGGGACUCGCCGAAGUCCGGGAGGCGAAUGUGAAGCUCGGCCUGUUGGAUGCGGUCGCCGGCGGACAGGGAGGAUACGUCAAAGGUGACGGACCACCUUUCGCCUCUCUGCUCGCAGCCUGGAAGAGACGAAAGGACGAGUUGACACGAUUACGGACAGAAAAUGGUACACAUUUGAUUUGAAUUUGGACUACAACGGGGCUGUCAAACUUUUCAUGAGCAGGCCCAAGUGGAUCGGUUUGAUGAAACCACAUGAACGUCUUAAUCAUUUCUUGAGUGGAUAAUUCAACAUCAAUAGUUUUUUUUCUGCUUUUAAAGAAAUAAAGUCUGUAGGCAAGUGCAACUGUUA